GGGCAUGGCAGUCGUUGGGUAGGUGGCUGCCGUUUUCCUCUCGUGUGCCGCAGGAGGCAACUGACAGCGGGAGGGACGGCGGUUGGCGCACCUCACCUCACGUGGCCUCGUCCACGCCGACGCAUCCCGGCCGGAUCCGGCGCGCGCGUGGACCGCAACCGGCGUCGCGUCCACGUCCACGACCUCGUCGCCUCGCCCUCUCCCGGAGGGAGGCAACAGUGAAACUUCCUCUCCUCUGCUUUCCCCUGCUCGGCUCGGCUCGGCUCGGCUCGGGUUCUUGUUCCGUUUGCGCGGUUGGUUGGGCUCCUCCCCCUCUCCCUCUCGCCGUCGCACGCCGUUGCCCGCGCCCCACGACUUCCGCCCCCUCCACCCACCUCCCCCCUCCCUUCAUAUACGCUCCCGCGCGCCGGCCACAACCUCGUGCCGCACCGCCUACUUUCCCAGCUCCUCCGCUCGCCGACCGCCGCCGCACCUGCUUGCUUGCUUUCUUGCUCGGUUGGUGGCAGAUUGAGGCGGGUUCCGGCACCGCUCGGCUCGAUCCAGGAGCUCAGUGGCCGCGCCGGAGGCGAGGUCCAUCCCCAACUUGCGCCGCCGCCUCUGGUUCUAGGUAGGCCCCCCUUUUGUUUUGCGUAUGCUGAUGCGGAACAACUCCAUCAGCAUGAUCUCUUUGGACGAUGAGUAGCAGUGCUCGCUCGCAAGUGUCCACUCACCCCUGUGGUUGCAUUCCUAUACUGGAUCAUGGCGAAACUCGCAGCUGUCAGUCGCAGCGUGUUUAGAUUUACGAACGAAACCAUGAGGAUUGUUAUGGUAACGGUUAUUGGGGUGGUCCUUGGCUUCUUCAUUGGAAUCUCAUUUCCAUCGGUGAGCAUAACAAAGCUACACUUCCCUUCCAGCUUUGUCUCAUACAUAGAGGAGAGGAACUCUGGGCUCUCGACCCAAGCUUUACUUAAUCAUGCCUGGGAUUCUGUCAGAAAUGCAAGGGAGAACACUUCGGAACCAAAUACAAACACUACUUUAAAGAUUUAUGUCCCAACAAACCCCAAGGGUGCAGAGAGGCUAGCACCAGGCAUUGUUGUGCCAGAUACCGACUUCCAUCUGCGCAGGUUGUGGGGAGACCCAAGUGAGGACCUGCCAUUCAAACCAAAGUACCUUGUGACUUUCACUGUUGGAUAUGCGCAGAAAGAAAACAUAAACAGAGCAGUGAAGAAGUUUUCUGACAAUUUUGCUAUCCUGUUAUUCCACUAUGAUGGGCGUGUGACCGAAUGGGACGAAUUUGAGUGGUCAAAGCGAGCCAUCCAUGUUAGUGUCAGUAAACAAACUAAAUGGUGGUAUGCCAAAAGAUUCUUGCACCCUGACAUUGUGGCGGCCUACGAAUACAUAUUCAUCUGGGAUGAAGACCUUGGGGUGGAUCAUUUCAACGCAGAGGAGUACCUCAAACUUGUUAAGAAAAAUGGUCUGGAUAUCUCCCAGCCCGGCUUAGAACCUGACCGAGGACUAACUUGGCAGAUGACCAAAAGAAGAGGUGACCGAGAGGUCCACAAGGAGACAGAGGAAAGGCCAGGCUGGUGUGCUAACCCUCAUCUUCCACCUUGUGCUGCGUUUGUUGAAAUAAUGGCUCCAGUCUUCUCAAGGGAGGCAUGGCGAUGCGUAUGGCAUAUGAUUCAGAAUGAUUUGGUUCAUGGAUGGGGUCUUGACUUCGCGCUCAGGAAAUGCGUGGAGCCUGCUCAUGAGAAGAUCGGAGUCGUCGAUUCCCAGUGGAUCGUUCACCAGGUGGUUCCUUCUCUUGGGAACCAGGGCAAGGCGGAGCGCGGGAAGCCGGCGUGGGAAGGGGUGAGGGCGCGGUGCCGGAAGGAGUGGGGCAUGUUCAAGACGAGGAUGGCGGAGGCCGAGAAGGCCUACUACAAGACGAUGGGCAUCACCCCUCCAAACUCCACAUUUGUCUAGCUUAGCUGAUGACUUGCCUCGGUCCUCCUCGUCUCCAUGUCUUCUCUUGGUGGAUGACAUGACAGCCUUGACUCCUUUACUCGGAUGACGGAGAUGUUGAUGACGACGACGACGACGACGAUGAUGAAUGUAUAGGUUUUAGGUGCAUGUAGAGUACAUGAUGAUGUUAUGUAUCAACCAACAUUACAUACAGCGCCCUUGUCGACUCAUGGUCCUUUCUUUCUGACUGUCAAUCUCAUGAGAGAAUUGGCUCGA